GUUAGAAGCCCAUGUAACUUAACAUUUGAAACUUUGUGGAAGCUUUUUAAAAUAUAAAUGUAAGAAGAUAUGAUGGCACGUUACAAAAUGAUGGCACAUUAGAGCCAUGUGAAUUUCAGUCUCCCCGACUAUCCCUCUCGCUCUUCACUUCUCUCUUUGUUUUUUGUUUUGCUUUCCCACUUCUCUCCACGACCAAAAUUUCCCAUUCUAUAAAAUACUUUGACUUAACAGUUGCAGAGAUCUCAAGUAAAACAAAACAACAGAAAGAAACAAAGCAAUGGCUAUGAGUUUUAUAACCUUAGCUCUCUUGACCCUUUUGGUGCUACUAGUUUCCUUGUCUCACAGCCCCGUCACUGCAACAGAUCCGCAGCGGGACGAAGCGGAGGUGCGGCUGAUGUACGAGCGAUGGCUGGUGGAGAAUCGAAAGAACUAUAAUGGUCUUGGAGAGAAAGAGAAACGGUUCAAGAUCUUCAAAGAUAACUUAAAGCUCAUCGAAGAUCACAACUCUGUUCCGAACCAGAGUUACCAACUCGGGUUGAACCAGUUUGCGGAUCUGACGGAUGAUGAGUUUCGAGCUAUUAACUCGAGGGGGAAGAAGAUGGAGAUGGGAAGCGGAUCAGUGGUAACAGAGAGGUAUCUGUACAAGGAAGGAGAUGUUUUGCCUGAUGAAGUCGAUUGGAGAGAGAAAGGAGCAGUUGUUCCAGUCAAAAGACAAGGAGACUGUGACCAAGUUUACCCUUAUACUGCCAAUGAUACUGCCGCGUGUAGUGCCAUUGAGAUGGUUACCGCUCGUUCUGUUACCAUCGAUGGUCAUGAAGGUGUUCCUCAAUAUGAUGAGAUGUCUUUGAAGAAAGCUGUUGCUCAUCAACCUAUCAGUGUUAUGAUUUAUGCCAGUGACAUGAGAGGCUACAGAUCUGGUGUGUUUAAAGGACCAUGUAGUGAUACGUAUGGAGACCACAAUGUGGUAGUCGUGGGAUAUGGAACAACAUCGAGUGGUGAAGACUACUGGAUUAUUCGUAAUUCAUGGGGAUCACAGUGGGGAGAAAACGGAUACAUGAAGCUCCAACAUGUUCAUCAUCCUGCUGCUGUUGAAUCUGGAAGCGAUGAUUCACCUAAAGGCUUAGCAUCAAAGCUAUCUGCCUCUGGGAUAUCAACGUGGGCCAAAAAUCUGAAAGUUCCCCAGCCAUUUUCUUCCACACAAACCAACUCUGAUGUCGAAGAUACUGAAAAGUCCGCCUUUGCGAAGUUUACAAGUGGGCUUGGGCUUCGUUUAUCUCCGAGAUCUCCUCAACCAGAUGAGACCGCAGAAGGUGCUUCAACUGCUGCACAAACCGGUUUCAUUGGGACUCUUACGAAAGGUUUGGUGGAUACGUCAAAGAAUGCUGUCAAGGCAGUACAGGUCAAGGCUCGACAUGCUGUAUCCCAGAACAAAAGAAGAUACCAGGAAGGAGGGUUCGAUUUGGAUCUGACGUACAUAACGGAGAACAUUAUUGCAAUGGGGUUUCCUGCUGGUGAUAUGAGCUCUGGCUUUUUUGGAUAUGUUGAGGGCUUCUACCGCAACCAGAUGGAAGAAGUUAUUAACUUUCUUGAAACUCAACACAAGGGAAAAUACAAGGUUUACAAUCUUUGUUCCGAGAGGUUGUAUGAUGUAUCACUAUUUGAAGGGAAGGUGGCCAGUUUCCCAUUUGAUGAUCAUAAUUGCCCGCCAAUCCAUUUGGUCACCUCAUUUUGCCAAAGUGCAUAUUCGUGGUUGAAGGAGGACAUAGAGAAUGUUGUGGUUGUUCACUGUAAGGCGGGAAUGGCGAGGACAGGGCUUAUGAUAUGUAGUCUUCUGCUGUAUCUGAAGUUUUUCCCGACUGCCGAAGAGUGUAUGGACUUCUACAAUCAGAAACGAUGUGUGGAUGGAAAAGGGCUUGUGUUACCUAGCCAAAUUAGAUAUGUGAAGUACUUUGAACGCAUACUCACCUACUUUAAUGGGGAAAACCAACCAGGCCGCAAGUGUAUGCUUAGGGGAUUUCGGCUCCAUAGGUGUCCCUAUUGGAUCAGGCCAUCCAUCACCAUUUCAGAUCACAAUGGUGUUCUCUUUACCACGAAAAAGCAUCCUCGGACCAAGGAUCUAUCGCCUGAAGACUUUUGGUUCAGUGCGCCAAAGAAAGGGGUUAUGGUCUUUGCCCUACCCGGAGAGCCCGGUCUAACAGAGUUAGCUGGGGACUUCAAAAUCCAUUUUCACGACCGCCAAGGAGAUUUUUACUGCUGGUUAAACACAACAAUGAUGGAAAACAGAGUGAUUCUUAAAACCAGUGAACUUGACGGGUUUGACAAGAGGAAGCUACCUUCGCCUGGAUUUAUGGUCGAAGUUGUUCUUGCUGAUAUUAAUCCCACAAUCCCUGCAAACCCUAGUUCUGAAACAGCAUCCAAGACCCCAGAAGAAACUUCAGCAGCUAAUUCUUCUCCUGUAGAAGGUGUCACACCGGUUACAGGACCCAAUAAAGAAUCAGAGAACCCUGAUAAAGACGAUGUGUUCUCUGAUAACGAAACAGAGUCAACUGGUCCGACGAAAACCACAUCGUCGGCUUCAUCUCAAACCCCAGAAUCGAAACAGAGGACAGAUGAAACCUCAGGUCUGACUCGUGCGACUGAGAAAGUGUCUAUUUCUGGAAACAAGGGAUCAUCACAAGGAACGGUCAGCAAGGGUGAAGCCACAGAGAAACCCACUGGGUCUGGGGUCAACGUGUCAAGCUCAGAGAGUAGUGAGUUCAAGGUUAUGGCUGCUGAUGCAUCUGUGUUCUCGUUCGGAGAUGAAGACGACUAUGAAAGCGAUUAAAGAACGAUGAUGGAAUAAGAAGGAAGAUGUGUACAUAAAAAGACAGGGAAUGUUAAAUCAAUCAGAUGAUGGAGUCCAUUCAUUUUGUUAUGGUUUCGUGUUGUGAUGUUUUGAAUUCUGUGGCCUUUCUGGCCUUUACAGUAUGUUUUAUUCUCUCUUUGUUAGUACUCUGCACAAAAUUAUACGUUGGUUGCUUACGUCUUUUGUAUUUUGACUUUAUUUUAUUUGGAAUCAUAAAACAAUUCAUGGUGUAUCAAUAAUUCCAUAGGCUUUGGCUUUUUGACAUAGUGAUGGAAGAAAAAACACUUGGCUUAUGUCUAGUAGAUGAUUCUUGU